AUGUCACCUUUCGGUAUCGAAAAUUUCUUUCAUGAGAGAAGUCAAGCGCUUGCUGCUCAAAUGUCACUCGCGCCACGCAUAAUGCUUCAUUUUUCGGUGGAAGUUGAAGCAGUACGGUCGUGGGAGUAUGUAUUUGUAACAGGUUCAGCGCCGGCUUUGGGUGGAUGGAUGCCAUCCGAUGCGUUCCCUCUACUCCCGAGUCAGGACUCUGCUAGACAGCGUUGGGAAGGUGUAGUGGAAGUUGGAUCGGAUCCAGUGAAAUUCCGCUAUUUCAUUGGAUAUUAUUUGCACAGUGGCAAAGAAGAAGAGAAAAAUGAAUUGGUCGUUAGUAAAUGGGAAUCAUUUUUGAAUCCCAGGUCUGUUCUACCAGCUGUUGAAUCGAUCUCGGGUGUGUGCCAUUUGCAUGUUACCGACAAAUUUGGCUGGAGUUCUGGCAAAAGUCUCGUGAGCGAAGCGUCACUUUUGGGAAAGAAUCAGAACGAAAUUUUACUUCGCUUUCACGGAAAUCCAUUCAAAUUCUACAAGAAACGUUAUGCGGAACGUUCUUAUUGCAUCAAAGUGACACCGUUUGAUCUGAGACAUAGAGAGAUGUUCAGUUACGAAUUGAACGAACGUACUGCUUGGCGAGCGUGGUCAUGCGUCGCUGGCAGCGUGGAUGACGAUGAUAAUGAAGAGGGUCAGGAUGUCGUGCAACCGGUAGUACCGUCAUAUUCAGUGGCACAUAUUGCUAUUUUAUCAUCGGAUGAUCCACACUACCGCGAACAAUCGCCUUCCGGUGAUCGCUUUAAAGUGGGCAGUGAUUAUUUUAUAUUCCGGACACGAUCGGUGGCGGUGGAGUUUCUUGGUUUCCGGAUAGAAUUAUUUGCCUAUGACGAAGAACAUGGACCGUCUACAGAGCGUUUUGCAAUUGCGUAUGCACUGCCUUCAUCAUUCAGCGGUACAUUCGGCGUUGCUGGUGAACCGCUUUUGGUGAAAAAUCGCCCAGUUGGACAAAUUAAUGUGGAGUAUUUAUUCAUUCGACCACUUCUGACGUCAUGUUCAGUACAGAAAAUGAAUAUUUCCUAUGCUAAACACUGGAAGAAGCGGCAGCCUCUUGAAGUUGGUCACAGGGGUAUGGGCAAUUCGUACACGAAAAUGAAUGCAGGUCGUGAGAAUACAAUACACUCGCUCAAUACUGCUGCAAAACGUGGUGCUGAUUAUGUUGAAUUCGAUGUUCAACUUUCAAAAGAUAAAAUCGCCGUUAUAUUUCAUGAUUUCCACGUCUUGGUUACCGUAGCAAAGCGUCGAACCCCUCGCUUGGAAGCGCAACCUGCUGAAGCAGCUAAUGAUUACCAUGAAAUCGCUGUGAAAGAUCUAAAAUUGAAACAGCUUCAGUUACUUCGUCUGGAGCAUUAUAAAGCGAAUCAGACUCAGACGAGGCAGAAUUACACAAAGUUAAGUGCCGAAGCAGAUGAGCAAGAUGAACGUCUGCCAUUCCCGACACUGCUGGAUGCAUUACAUCAAGUUGAUUCAUCUGUUGGUUUCAACAUUGAAAUAAAGUAUCCAAUGAUGCAAAAGAAUGGAUUACAUGAAUGUGAAAAUUAUUUCGAGCGCAAUGAUUACAUUGAUAUCGUCCUCAGUGAUGUAUUGAGCAAUGCUGGUGAUCGUCGAAUUGUGUUCUCUUCAUUCGAUCCUGAUUGCUGUGCCCUAUUAGCGGCAAAGCAACAUUUGUAUCCAGUACUGUUUCUUUGCGUUGGUGUCACAACGCGUUAUGAACCGUUUGUUGACUUGCGUUCAUCAACUUCUAAUGCUGCACUUAAUUUCGCUGCUUGUAUUGAUAUCCUGGGUGUAAAUUUUCAUACUGAAGACUUGUUAAGAGAUCCGUCACCUAUACAGCGUGCUCGAAAAUUUGGUUUAAUUUCAUUCGUUUGGGGUGAUGAUCUUGAUAAUAAAGAAAAUAUCGACUACUUCAAAAAAGUGCUUCGUGUCGACGGUCUCAUUUAUGAUAGGAUAGGUGAAAUUGAGGCACGUCGAAAUGUUUUUUUGGUGGAGCGUGAAGCAAAAGCAUCACUAUUUCGGCAGAGCAUUUCGCCAAUCGCAUCUCGUACCGUUUCACUUGAUGACGGACCACCGUCGCCGGCUGUAUCGGAAAAUUCGCAUUCCUCAGGGUCUACUGUUUCAUCGAACAAUUCGUUUUAUUUGCAUCGCCCACAAACUUCUCUUUCUUCGAGAAAAGUGUCAGUCACAUUGGAAGAUUUGCAAGUGAACAAGAGUGGUAAUGUGAUACGUGACGAAAGUCUUUUUACAUCAAAUAAUUGUCUGCAUUCUACACCAUAUUCUUAG